AUGAUCGGCACGGCCCCCCCAUCACCCGCACAGCCCCUGAUCGAUCACCCUCACAGCCCCGAUCACCGGCGCGGCCCCGACCGCCGCCCCGCGCUCCCCGGUGCCGGCGGUGCCCAGCGCCGCCCGGCAGGCGCCACGGAGCGGCAAUCGCAGCUCAUUCACCGGCUGUCCGUGCUGGCGGCGGAGAAACAGGGCGAGUCUGAACGCACUCCACAGCUUAAAUACUAUGAACACGUAAAGGUAGCACUGACGGUGCCCGAGCGGGGCUCGGGGCUGUGGUGCCAGCCGCUGUGCCCGCAGGUGAACGAUGCUGAGAGCACGGUGUCGGUGGAGUUCACGCCCACCAUCCCCCACUGCAGCAUGGCCACCCUCAUCGGCCUCUCCAUCAAGGUCAAGCUGCUCCGCUCUCUGCCCGACAGGUUCAAGCUGGAUGUUCAUAUAACACCAGGAACACAUGCCUCUGAGCACGCAGUUAAUAAACAGCUCGCUGAUAAGGAACGUGUGGCAGCUGCUUUGGAAAACUCUCACCUGCUGGAAGUGGUGAAUCAGUGUUUGUCUGCUCGGUCAUAAUUGCCUGGUGAGGAAAUCAUUGGUGUUCUGAUCUACUUAACUAAUUUUGUAUAUAUGCGGUGAUGUUACAAAUUAUAUAAAACUGUGAGCAAAAUAAAAUCACUUAAAUUCUCUUGA